CUCGCGUGCUCCGGUGUGGCCGCGCGGCUCCUGCCUCUGCCGUUGCCUCUGCUCCGUCUGCUUUCCGGGGAUUGCUUGAACCUGUGCGGAGGAGCCGCGGCCCCAGCCGCCGCCUCCCUCCCUGGCUCCUCAGCGCCUCUUAGCACCACGCUUUGCCCGGCUCGUACUCCGAGUUUGAAUUUUGCCGCCGGCUUCUCCCCUCUCUUAAAAAAAAAAAUCUAUCAUCUAUCUAUCUAUCUAUCUAUCUAUCUAUCUAUCUAUCUAUCUAUCUAUCUAUCAUCUAUAUCUAUCUAUCUAUCUAUCAUCUAUCAAUCAUCUCUAUCAUCUAUCAAUCAUCUAUAUCUAUCUAUCUCUCUGUCUCUCUAUCUCUCUACCUACCUACCUGUCUGUCUAUCUAUCUACCUAUCGACUUUUCCUUCCGCCAACACGCGAGCCUCCAGAUUUAGAGUCAAGAGCUGUGCAUCUGAUGGCAUGGCGUUGAUCACCCUGCGGAGAAACUUUUGUCAUAUGUCUGAUUUUUGGAUACCUGGAGCUGUGGCUGCUUUGAAAAUUCACCCUGCCAGUCACGUCCAAAAAGCAGUCAAAGAUCGUCUCCGUGUUUGGUUCUGUUCCCUGCAACCUGAACUGGUGAGGGUCAGAUUCCAUCACUCCUACUGUAAAAACUUCCACUCAGAAAACGGCAAUGACCUUCAUCCAGCUGCUGAGCCCUGGUUCUCUCAAGUACAGGAAUGGAACCUGCCGGAACAAGGUCUUAAAAACGAGGAUGAAGAGACGCUUUACAGGAGGAGACUCAACAGCUUCCUCUCCCCGGAAGAAGUGCUGAGUUUCCUAAGUACACUGGACACUCUGCCUGUCUCUUUGGCGUCAGCAGCCUUGCACAGGAUCUGUGAGGUGGGGAAAAGAGAUGGUGAGCCAAGGCUGCCGCAAGGAGUACUAGACAACAGCACCUUCCGAGCCUUAUGCCUCCAGUGUGCGCGGGACCCCUCACAUCUGACCAAUGCUGGUCUGGUGACGGCUUUGCAGGCUCUGGUUCUGGUGCCUGUGGACCCUCAAAGUAGCCUGAUGCUGAGCCUCAGGGCAGAAUGCCAGAGCCGUCUCCAGAGAGGCGGCCUGGAAGCUCACCAUCUUUGUCUUCUUGGGGAGACUCUGGUUAGAUGUCAGGGUUCAGGCUGUGAGACACUGGACCUGGUUAUCUGUCAACUGCAAAGUGAAAAUCUGGAGACAUUUGCCCCAGAGGAUAUUGUGGCCAUUUAUAGAAUUCUGCAGGCGUGCCCUGAAGGGGUGGACAGACACCAGACCUUUUUAAACUCAGUAAACAGCUUUGCCCUCUCAGUGGUUUCCUACCUGAGUCCCAAAUCCAUCAGCCAUGUGCUCACUGCCUUGGUGGCUCUUGACCAGACCCACGCCCUGCCACUGGUUAUAAAAUUGGGCAAGUGUGCCGUGAGAUACAUUCCUCGUUUUACGAAUGAAGAGCUCAGGAAGGUCUUGGAGGCGUUCGUGUAUUUCGGACACAGCGACAGGUUUUUCACGGAGGCGUUAGAGCAGCACGUAGCUGCCCUGUGCCUCUCCUUGGACCCUGAGGUCACCAGCACCGUGAUGGAGUACUGCGGUAGAAAGCGAAUUCUUUCCAAGCCCAUCCUCGACGCAGUUGCAGAGACUUUUGUCUUCCAGUCAGAAAAAUUUUCACCUAGUCAGAUUUCCGAAUUAAUCGAACCAUUUGGGAAACUAAAUUAUUUGCCACCGAAUGCCCCUGUUCUAUUUAGGAAGCUAGAAAGUGUGCUGUUUGCUCAUUUCCACCGUUUUCCACCAAAAAUGCUGUUGAGGCUUCUUCACUCAUGUUCGCUGAUUGAGUGCCAUCCAGUCAAUUUUAUGUCAAAAAUAUUCAGCCCCUUUUUCCUUCAACGGCUGCAAGGUAAAGAGUCAUAUUUGGACAGAGUGAGCCUGGCUCAGCUGACCCAGCUUUUCAUGACCUCGGUCCUAGAGUGUGCAUUCUAUAAGGGCCCCAAACUCCUUCCUCAGUACCACGUGACGUCGUUCCUUACUCCAUGCUGCUCCCUGGAGACCCCUGUGGAUCUCCAUCUUUACAAGUCUGUGGUGAUUGGACUGAUUGAUCUUUUAGGAUCAAGAUUGUAUUUUGCGUCGAAAGUGUUGACCCCCUAUUGUUACACCAUAGAUGUUGAAAUUAAAUUAGAUGAAGAUGGAUUUGUAUUACCAUUUACAGUGGAUGAGGAUGUCCAUAAAAGGGUGGCGCUGUGCAUUGACGGGCCGCAGCGCUUCUGCUCCAACAGUAACCGCCUGCUGGGGAGAGAGGCCAUUAAGCAGAGGCACCUGCGCUUGCUCGGCUACCAGGUUGUUCAGGUAGGGCACCGCCCUCUGUUUUUUCCCUUCCCUCAUAAAGCAGCCUCCCUGACAAGUUGGCGUUUUCAGUUCUCUACACUGACACACAGCACUGCUCUGGAGGGAACGGCAACCCAGGGGAGAUGGGGAGCCCCCAGAUGAGCGUGGGCAGGGGCGUGGACAGGGUGGCCCACUCAGGACGGCUGCCCUGUUGUCUGGUCCCAGUCUUGUUGGAACGUCCCAGUUACAGUUGUGCACCGCCAGCCUACGCGCUCUUCUGUCAGUUCCACGGACCAGCAAAAGCCCGAGCUGGGUGUGGAUCGCACUGCGGUCUAAGCAAGGGUGGGAUUCGUUCCGAGCCCUCUGAUCAGUGUCCGCUCGUGGGUGUUACAGGCCCAGCCUCCACUUUAACUUGCUCUAACAGUACGUGGGCUGACAUUCCGGCAGACCGCCAUGAUCUGUCUGGUUUCUGUCUUAGGUUUAAAUUACUUGACUCGAAUUUUGGUUCUUGGUUUCUCUGUGUAGUUUUCAUGCCCAUCCUGGAUCUCGCUCUGUAGACAAGGCUGGCCUCGAACUUACAGAGAUCCGCCUGGCUCUGCCUCCCAAGUGCUGAGAUCAAAGGUGUGUGCCACCACCGCCCGGCCUUGACUUGCAUUUUGUAGUUAGAGUCUUCAAAGCUUGGUGUUUUCCCAAGUGGUGCACACCUAUUUCCCUGUCACUGCUUAACUCUGCCUGGAAUCGCUAAGUUCCUGGGAUAGGUUCUGCUUCUGUUUCUGUCUGAUUUAGUCGGUAAGUCAAGGGACGUGGUUCCAGGGUCUUCAUCUACCCUUGGUGUUUGCAACAUUGUGUUUUCAGUAGGG